AUGCCGUGCCUCUGGUUUCUGGAGUUUGUCGAACGGCAAGUGCUCCGACGCUGUCGCACGGUGGUUCUCGGCCGAACGCCUCUGAGCCAGAAGCCAAUCCCAAGACCAGAUGCCCAUUAUAUAUCACUAUAUAUAACCAAAACUAUGUGUGCGUUAGCAGCUAACGUGUAUGUGGUAUGCACUUGCGUGACUGCCUCAGGGAAAAGUAGACCUCCGUGGUCGCGGCUUUUCAGGACAAGACGGGCUACACCAAAUCUAGGAUGUGUUUGGCUUCUGCGUUUUUCGUUACAGCCUUCGCGGUCCUCUCCUAUCCGGGAGCUUGAGGAAGUUUUC